AUGGCGGACACGUUCAGAGAGUUCGGUAAGGGACUGAUAGAUCCCAAGUACUGCUGUUGUGCGGUCCCCCUUGUCAACUUUGGGAUCUAUGCGAUCAUGGGCGAGCAGUUCAUACUGGGUAUAGGAGCUGGGAUUGCUGCUAUUGCGACACCAAAAGUGUUGGGAGCGUCCUUCCCCUCCUUCGCGACCUUCAUCUUCGCCAUAACCUGCUUCAUCGUUGGUGGUCUACAGCCACUAGGCUUCAUAGGCGUGAUGAGAGAAAAGACCAAGACGUUCAAGACGUAUAUCUGGCUCGACCUCCUCGCCCUCAUCGCGGCUUUCUCAACCUCUGCAGCGCUCAUUAUCGUUUCUGCGCUGAACCACAAGAGCGCAGUCACUACUUGUAUCGCCAACUACUACAAGCCAAAGUCCACUGCUAGCGCGUCGGCGACCACUAUGCUCACGCAGCAAGCUCCCCUCAUUUGCAACCCCUUCGCAUGGGCUGGCAUUGGAAUCAUGGGCGGGCUGUGGGUCGUGCUCUUUCUCCUGCAGAUGUACUUCAUGUACCUCACGCGCCUAUACUCGAAAUCACAAGUGUCCGAUCACAAGCUGUACCAUUCGGUCUACUCGGAGAACCCCGAGGCGUUCACCAUGUCGAUCCUCCAGUCCAAGCGAUACAACCCCAACUCAGUCUACUCGGCGGGUCUCGCCCGACCGCCCACUAUGAUGCGCGACGACGUCUGGGACGCUCGGGGCAGCAUGGACAGCCAGCGGAAGGGUGCGAACCCCGAGGAAGUGGAGGAGUUGCGCCAAGGAGGGCAGGCGCCUCAUCUGAGUCAAGGCGGGCCGGGACAGUACGGCUAUGGCGGACACCAGCAGCAUGAUCGGGGAGAGAGCUAUGCGUCUGCGGUGUAUGAUGGGGGACGGUAUGAUGAUGCGGGCGGAGACCAUCGGCGGUCGGUGUACAACUAUGGGGAGCAGGGGUAUGCGCCAGGAGGAGGCGGGUAUGGCCAUCAGGACCAGGGGUAUGGGGGUUAUGUCGAGCCGCCGCAGGAAGCGCGGUAUGGGCGGGACCCGGGGCCGACGCCGGAGCUUAACCAGUAUCAUGCGGGUCAAGGAGUCGGCUUUGCUGGCGGAGGCGGACUGGACCGGCCUGGAGCCGUGCAGAACCAUCCAGGAAGUCUCCGCGAGGGUACCGAUGAUAUCCUCAUGGCGGGUAGAACGAGCAGAGCAGUCGGCGGGAUGUAG